UUUGUCAUAGCAUUUCCUGACACCAAAAUAAGAAAACAAAGAAAACUUUGUCAUAGCAUUUGAUCUCUCUCUCUCUCUCUCUCUCUCUCUCUCUCUGAUCAAUAGAUCUCUAAAUCUUUGAGAAUCUUGAAGAUGAAGAGGAACUGCAAUUUGGAACUUUGCCUUGUUCCCUACUCUGCCUCUCUUCCUUCCAAUGAUUCAGGCGACGACCACCAGCCAAUGAUGGAAGAGCGAAGAGGAAGCCCACAACAGAACCAGCAACCGCAGCAGCUGACCAUUUUUUACAAUGGCAAGAUUUGCGUUUCUGAUGUUACUGAGUUUCAGGCUAGAUCCAUCUUAUUGCUUGCUACAAGAGAAAUGGAGGAAAGGCUGAAAACUCCAACGGGGUCAGAUUGGCUGAAAACUCCAACUGGGUCAGAUCUAUCUUCACCAACACUGCAAACUGAGAAAUAUAGCCCUUGUACUGGUCUUUCCAUGAAGAGGUCACUACAAAGGUUUCUCCAGAAGAGAAAGAAUCGGAUCCAAGCAACAUCACCAUAUUGAAAAGUUUACUGUAUUGGAGAGAAGAAAAAUUAUCUUGUCGAGUUUCUACAAAAUUCUGUGUCGAAAGCAGAUUCCAUGGGGUGAACUAGUUUGUGCCAAAAAAAAAAAAAUAUUGGCAUGGUCUUCUCAAUGGAGGCCCCCAAAAUUACAAAAUGGAUAUCAAACAUGGCUCAAGACUCUCGAUCUAUAUUUGUUUAUACCCUUUGUUCCCAAAGUAAACAUUCUAGUUCCACCCCCUAGUAGGUUCCAUGGGGCUUGUAAAUUAUUUAUUUAAUUAAGGCACAUGGCCAAACAUUUCAUUACUUGAUUAACAUUACAUAUUAUUCUUUUUUCUUA